GUCCUUGCAGGGACGCAGAGAUCGCCAGUGGGGAAAACAGAAACAAAUAUAAAGUACAUACCUUUGUUAGCAACUUCCCAUGCACACUCGAAUAGCAGUGGUUUGCUGCAGUCGCGAGUGUCGGAAGUAUCGACGGUUAGAGAAGGAGGCAUCGCGAGAGGUAGAACUGGACAGAGGAAAGAGCUUUGA